AUGGAGAAAUCACAAAAAAUACGAUCCUUUAAUUUGCUGUUUUUAGAAGAGGAUGAGGAAUAUAUUGAUGACAUGCUAAUAACUAUGAAAACAAGGAAAGAAAAAGAAGAUAAUAAAAAUAAUAAUAUUAAUAAAAAUAAUAAUAAAAAUAACAAUAUUAAUAAAAAUACGAAUGAAAAUGGUAACUAUAUAUAUGUUGAAUUAAAGGGUCGAUUAAGACUGUGUUCUAAAUCAUUAAUUUUUGAAGCAUAUAAUGUUGAUGAGGAAGUUUUGAAAUUUCCUUUUAAAAAAUUAGAGAAUAUAAAAUUAGGAAUAUUUAAAAAUGAAAUAAUAAUUAAGACAUGUGAAGUCAUACGAAUUAAAACUAUUAUACAUAAUAAGAAGACGAGGUGUAUAUCACAAUUUAUUUAUGAAAGAAAAUAUAAAAAAAAUAUAAAUGCAUUAAAUAGUUUAUAUAAUGAAUAUUAUGAUGAAUAUAAAAUUAUAGAUAAUAAUAAUAUAGAUGAAAAAAUAUAUAUUUUUGAAAAAAUAUUAAAUAAUUUUGAUGAUUUUCUAGACAUCAACAAAUGUUAUAAUAAUAAAAAUGGAUCUUUCAUUGAUACUACAAAAGAGAAUAUUAAUAAUAAGCCUGUAAAUUCAGAGGAACAAAAACAAACAAAAAAUAUAAAAAUUAAAAAUAAAACAAAUGAUCAUAUUUCUUCAAAUAUACAUAUAAAUGAUUAUAUAACAGACAAACUAGAAUGUGAUAAUAAAAAUAAAAAUAAUGAUAAUAAUGGAAAUAUACAAAUACAAAAUAAAGAUAAUCAAUGUGGUGAUGAAUCUCAUUUGGAUAGAGAUCAUAUAAAUAGUCAAACAAAAGGAAUGUCAAUAAAUUUAGAAUCUUCAACAGAUAAAGAAAAAGAUAAAGAUAUAAGCUUUGUGUAUGUUUUUUCUUGUGAAAACUCUUCAAUGCUUAUGAAAAAAAUGAAACACAUUUAUGAGUUGAUAGUAAAAAUAAAGACAGCAAUGAUAAUUAAUGAAAAACAAAUGGAUAUAUUAAUAAAAGAGAAGAAGAGUAAAUAUAAAAUUGGAAAUAAAUCAAGAGCUGAAGAAAUGAUAAAUAAAAACACCAAUAUAAUCAUAAACAAUAAUAAUAAUAAUAAUAAUAGUAAUAAUAAUAAUAGUAAUAGUAAUAAUAAUAAUAAUAGUAAUGUUAGUUGUCAGAAUAGAAAUGUUUUAAAAUCAGAUAAUACAAAGGAGGAUAAUUAUAAUAAAGAAAUGCAAAAAAAAAAAAGAGAUGAUGAUGAUGAUAAUAAUAAAAGAAAUGAAUAUUCUACAAAUAAUAAUGGUGUUAUAAAAAAUAAAGAAUUAAAUUUAGAUAAAUAUAUAGAAAGUAUUAUGAAUAAAUUAAAAGAGAAUAUAAAAUUUGAUAUUAGUAGUAUUAAUAUCCAUGAGAAAAUUAUAACAAAUAGAAUUGAUGGUUUUUGGGUUUAUAAAGUAUCUCCAUUAUUAAAAGUAAAAGGUAUUUUAAAUAUUACUAAUAAAUAUAUAUAUUUCCAACCAUAUCCAAAUUUUACUAAUAAGAAAGAAAAGAAAUGGAAUGUUGAAAAGAUAUUACAUGUAUUUAAAAGAAUAAUUACAAUGAAACCUAAUGCUUUAGAAAUAAUUUUUGAUAAUGAGAAAAGGAAAAAAUAUGAUUCUUUAUAUAUAGAAUUUUUAUCAUAUGAUGAUAGAGAAAUAAUAAUAAAUAUAUUGAAAAGGAUAAAAAGUGAAUGUUUUUUUAUUGAAGAAAAUAAAGAUUUUGUAUAUACUAUACAAGAAAAAUGGUCUGAAGGAUAUAUAAGUAAUUAUAUAUAUUUAGAUUUUUUGAAUUGUAUUGGAGGUAGAAGUCGAAAAGAUUUUUCUCAAUAUCCUAUAUAUCCAUGGAUUAUAUCAUGUUAUAAAACAGAUAAAAAACUUGAAUAUGAUAAUAAAGAAAUAUAUCGUGAUUUAAAAAAACCAGUUGGAUGUUUAAAUAAAAAUCGUUUAAAUUCAUUAAUAGAAAAAAUGCAUGAUCAUGAUUAUUUUUAUGGUUCACAUUAUUCAACUUUAGCUUAUGUUGUAUAUUUUUUAAUUAGAUUAUAUCCUGAAUGUCAAUUAAAAUUACAAAGUGGUAAAUUUGAUACUAUAUCUAGAAUGUUUUUAUCUAUGGAAAGUACUUAUCAUACAGCAUUAAAUGCAAAUUCAUCAUUUAUAGAAUUAAUUCCUGAAUUUUAUGAAGAUGAUGAAAGUUUUUUAAAAAAUAAUUUAAAUAUAAUUACAAAUGAAGGGAAUAUAAAUGAUGUUAUAUUACCCAAAUGGUGUUCUAAUCCUAAAGAAUUUUUAAUUUUUUUAAAAAACGCAUUAGAAAGUAAUUAUGUAAAUGAAAAUUUAAAUUCUUGGAUAGAUUUAAUAUUUGGUUAUAAACAAAAUGGUCAUAAUGCAAAAGAAUGUUUUAAUUUAUUUCAUCCUUUAACAUAUAUGCAUUCUAUAUUAAAUGAAAAAUUAUCUAGAGAUUAUAAUAAUAAAGAUAAUUAUGAAAGUAAUAAAGCAGAAAAAGAAAAUACCUUUGAGCAAAAUUUUAAUCAAAAUAUUAAAGAUUUAAUAACUACUAUGUCUUCAAAAGCUUUGAAAACUCAAUUGCAUGAAUUUGGACAGUGUCCUUAUCAAAUAUUUAAACAACCUCAUGUCUCAAAAAAGCAGGUUCACACUUUUGUUUAUAAUGAAAAAAUUUCAAAUUCUCCUUGGUAUUAUUCUGAUGUGAUUAAUCAAUUAUUGAGAGAGGAAAUCAUGAAAAAAAAAAAAAAAAAAAUAAAAACAAAAAAAAAAAAAAAUCUUCAUAUUGGAGCAAAGGGUUAUGCGACAAAUAACAUACACAGGAAGAAGCGAAUUGGCGACCUAGUUGGUGUGGGGGGUGUUAAUAUGGGUGUUAAUAUUGGUGUUAAUAUUGGUGUUAAUAUUGGUGAUGAUAUUGGUGGUGGUGAUGGUUCUUUGAUUCAUUAUGACUAUGAAGGAGACAAUAUUGAUGGUAACACCGACGAUGAUGUGGAUGACGAUGUGGAUGACGAUGUGGAUGAUGAUGUGGAUGACGAUGUGGAUGACGAUGUGUAUGACAAUGUAUAUGACAAUGUAGACGAUGAUGAUGUGAUAGAUGCUAGAAAUCCCACUUUAUCAUACAACUUAUCAUCACAUAAACAAAGGAAUAUUCUCAUGGAUGAUAAAAAUAUCAAAUAUGAAAAUGUAAAUAUAAAUAAUAAAAGAAAGGAUGAUGAAUAUUGUGAUUAUUUUAAAAGAUAUAAUUGGAAUUUAUAUAGAGCAGAAACAUUUUCUGCAUGUAAAAUAAGAGGAAUAGCUAGUACAUGUGAACAUACUUGUUUUUCUUGUAAUAAUGGAUAUAUAAAAUUAAUAACACAUAAAGAUUUAUUAAAUUGUAAUAUAAAAAAUAAUAAUAAUUUUAUAUCAUUAAAAAUAAGUGAUGAUAAUUUUUCUUGUAUAAAUAAUAUUCAAAAUAAUUAUGUAUUAGGAACAUCAACUGGUAAUAUUGUGUUUAUAAAUCCAAAGAGUAUAUUAAAUAUAGAUUAUAAAAAUAAAUAUAAUAAUAUAUGUGAGAAUAAAAGUAAGAUAGAUAUAAAAGAACAAGUAAAAAAUCAAAAUAUAAAUCAACAUGGAAUUGAAAAUAAUAAUAAUAAUGAUGAAUAUGAACACGAUUUUUUUAGUGAUGACUUUUCUGAUGAUUUAUUUAAUUUUCAUAGUAAUGACUCAAGUGAUUUUUUAUAUAAUUCUUUUGAAGAUAUCUUUUAUGACAAAAAUGAGAAUAUAUAUGAUAAUAUAUAUAACCAUAUAAAUAAUAAGGAAGAUAAAGGUUUAUUUUUUAAUGAUAAUAAUAUAUAUAGUCAAAUUAUAUCUAAAAAAAUACAUAAUGAUACAAUUAAUAGUAUUAGUUGUAGUUAUAAUUAUAUAACAACUGCUUCAUCUGAUGAAACUAUAGAAUUAAUAAAUGCAGAUACAAACUUUGAUAUUAUACAAGUUUAUGAUAAUUUUAAUGAUAAAGUUAGAUACGUGCAAUUAAAAAAUAAAUUAUUAUUUGCUAUGUCUAAUGAUUUAAAACUUUUUGAUAUAAGAAUUGGAAAAAAAAAUAUAUAUCUUAAUAAUAUAAAUAAUUUUAAUAGUUCUAAUAAAUUAUUUCUUAAUAUAUCAUCACAGAAUAGGAGUUCAAAAAAAAAAUUUAUUGAAAGUGCUAGAAAAAGGGUAUAUAAUAAUAAUAAUAAUAAUAAUAUGAUGUAUGAUAAUAAUAAUAAUAAUAUGAUGUAUGAUAAUGUUAAUAAUAAUAUGAUGUAUAGUAAAAAUUUGAUAGGUUGGCCAUAUCAAGACAAUUAUGUGAGGGUAAAUUAUUUAAACAAACCAUUCCUUUAUGAAAAAAAAAUAAAAAAAAAUAUUCAUUCAAAUUUUAAUAAGAAUCAAUAUAAUUUCAUACACGCUUGUCUUAUUAAUGAUUAUAAUAUAUUGUGUGUAGAUGAAAAAGAUUAUUUAUAUUUUUAUGACAUACGAAAUGAGAAAUGGCAUAAUAUCUUAUCCAAUUCAUUAAUGGGAACUAUAAAAAAUAAUAACAAAUAUAAAUUAAAAAAGAAAAGAAAUUAUAAAAUUGUUUCUGCUGCUUGUAAUAAACAAAGAUUAUGUUUAAUAAAUGAUGAUGGACAUGUUUUUUAUGAACAUAUGAAUUUUUGUGAUAGUAAUAAUAUAUUAUCAAAAACAAAUUUCUUCCCUAGAAGUUCCUUAAUAACCACAAAAUAUAUAUCCUUCUUUAAUCAUUUUGAUGAUAUAGAUAAUAUUAAUAAUGAUUAUAUUUUAUUUACAAGUGAAGAUGCACAAAUGGAGAUAUACAAAAAAGGAAACUAA